GACUAUUCCCCAGGUAUUCGGGUUGGCACACUUCGGCGCCGGAACUUUACCGAUACAUUUAGACGAUGUUAAAUGUAAGGGAACUGAAACAAGCUUAUCUCUUUGUCCACACCCAGUUUGGGGAAAACAUAAUUGUGGUCACCACGAAGAUGUUGGCAUAUUUUGUACACCAGUUCGUUUGGUGAACGGAUCAAAUCAGUAUGAAGGGAGACUGGAAGUAUGGCAUGACAGGUCUUGGGGAACAGUGUGCGAUGAUGAAUUUGAUGUGUUGUCAACGACUGUUGUUUGUAGGAUGCUAAAUUAUCAACACACCAAUCCACUGCUAUUUGGAUCCUUAUACUAUGGCUCAGGAACACUACCAAUACACUUAAACGAUGUUAGCUGUACGGGAUCUGAAAUAAGAUUAUCUCAAUGUCCACAUAAUGUCUUGGGAGCACAUAAUUGUAGUCACAAAGAGGUUGUUGGCAUGUCAUGUACACCAGGUAAUCUUUGCUUCAUAAAAACUGUUUCUGAAAUACAUUGCUAGUAAUGAAUAGUCUGUUUGGACCUACUUUGAA